GAAAAUUUUUUAUUUUUAUUGAUUUUAUUUUAUUAACAACAAUUUUUAAAAUUAAAAAUUAAUUUUUGAGAAGGAUCACAAUAUUAAAAAUAAUUUUUAUUGAUUAAAAUAUUCAAAAAUGAUGAAAAAUUUAAAGAAAUUUGCAUCUCAAAAUGUUUUGGCGCCUAACCACUUUAUAAAUCUAAAGAAUGAUCAAUAUAACUACAAUGAAAGUGAUUGGUUAAUGGUAGCAAGCAAUUGGUAUUUUUGGAUUUAUACUUGGACUUUAAUGGUUGUUGCUGUUGUUGGUCUUGGAGUAACAAUAUCAUUAAUGGUAGUUUUAAGAUUUACUACUAGUAUGGAGAGCAUUGAAUUUCUUACAGAUAAAGAAAUUACAAAACUUAUUGGUAGUAUAGAUUUGGAUAAUCUAUACAAAUUAGAUGGUAAAUUAGAAGGAUUCAAGAAUAUUCCAGUAGAAAUUGGAACUGAAAAUAAUUUAGUAUUUAUGCAUGUUGUGGAUCCAGAAAAUAAAAGUAUGGAAUCAGCAAUUGAACUAGGAUUUGGUAAAACACUAGUCAAAAAUGUUGAUUCAUUUACUGUAGGUGAUUUCAACAAGCCUAUUUUUACUACAUCAUUUCCUAACUUUGGUCUUCCUGAAGGAGUUCGUCAUUUAGAUGUCGCAACAGCAUAUACUAAUCGUAUCGUAAGCCCAAUAAAUGAAACUCUUACAUUAAGAUCUUCCAACUAUACUAGACUUAAAGGCAAUGAAGGAACAUUUAUUGAUGGGUCAAAAAUUAAAUGGUCAGCUGAUGGUGAUAUAUUUCUAAGAUCAGUCAAUGGAACAGUGAUUCUGAGUUCUGAUGGUUUAUAUUUAGAUGUUCAAAAUUUACCAGUAGUCUUAUCAAAUAAAUUUGCUGCUCAUCAGUUUAAAUUGUGCAUUUGUAUGCCUAGUGGUAUGAUUUUUCGAGUUCCUGUACCUAAUAAUUACAACUCAUACAUGGCUUGCAGUAUGAUUAAUUUAAUUGAUGAUCAUCCUUGUGCAUAAUUUGAACAAUGUAAGACACUUCAAAAAUCAAAACUAGAAUUGUACAUAUUAAAUGUUCGCAUAAAUCUAAAUCCUUGUUAAAUAAAUAAUUGGUUUUAAUGUGACAUCAUAUUUUUCCUACAUUGAAGAUUUAAUUUUUAAUUUAAUUUUAUGAUCAUACUUCUUGGUUAUCAUUAUGUAUGUUAAAUACUAUACUUAUAUGAGUUCAGUUUUCACUAAAACUUUAAAACAUCAUAAAAUGUAAUGAUAAAAAUUCAUUAAGUUUUUUUUUUACUAAUACAACAUACAUUGUUAUUACUAUUAAUAAAUUAUUCAACACUUAGUUUUAUUUACUACAUAUGCUGAGUUAAAGUCUACUGAAGAAAACUUUUUUUAACAUCUCUAAUUAAAGUUUUUCCUAGAAUUAUGAGUGACUUAGCAUAAAAAUAUCUAUUUUUUAACGUUUAAUGACUUUUCAACUGAAUAGAAGUAUUUAAUCAAUAUUGUUAUUUAAUUGUAUAAACUUAAAAAAUUGUUCCCAUUGAAAUUUAAUUUAUGAUUAUUGUUUUAUAGUAAAUAGUUGACUAAUCCUUAUUAAGAACUUAUUUUUUAUUUUUAUAGAAUUUAUUAUAUAAUUAACAAUAUAUUGUCUACAUUUUUGUAAAAGUAAUUUUCUUUACUUAUAGUUAUUUAUCAUCUAGUCUUUUUAUCUAGUCACUUACUUUAAUAUA